AUGAGUAGUCACAAAUCUAUAGGAUUGGUGAAAAUUAGCAGAAAGGAUUCGCUUAUUAUAGAUUUAUUGCCGUCGAAUGAACUUCGUUCAAGUAUUGUGAGAAACCUCAUCUCUGCCUUUGGUCUUGAUGACCAAGCGCGAAUUCCUGGAGUGGAGCUCAUCUCCUACUCACGUUCUACAAUUGAUGAAAUAGCCUCUUUUCAUGACCGAGAUUAUGCGCAGGUUUUGUUGGAAAAAAGAGAUUGGUCGACUUAUAUCAGUGAUAUUUCGAGAAAUCAACCAUUAAUUGUUGAAAAAUUGAAGGCUCUUGGCAAAUCGCUAAACGAAGAAACCAGUGAUGUAGAUGGUGACGGCAAUAGUUCCAGUAGCCUUUCAAAAUACUGCCUUGAAUUCGAUUGUCCUGUUUUCCCAUUCUUAGAUGAAUAUGUUAAAAUCACUGCUGGAACAACUAUUGCUUCUGUCCAGUGGCUACUAAAGCAGACCUGUGAAGGACCGAUCGCCAUUAAUUGGACUGGUGGAAGGCAUCAUACGCAUAGAGAUAGGGCCUCCGGAUUUUGCUACGUCAAUGAUAUCGUGAUAGGUAUUUUAAGGCUCAGAAGUAAGUUCAGUAAAGUUAUGUACAUAGAUAUGGAUAUUCACCACGGAGACGGAGUGGCCAGUGCUUUCAAGUACACAAAUAAGGUUCUUACAUGUUCUAUUCAUCGUUUCGAGGUGGGCUUCUUUCCAGGUACGGGCCAAAAGCCAAGAGACGGAUUGGGAAAGGGCCAAGGUUAUGAGAUAAACGUUCCUACAAUGAAAGGACUCAACAAUUCUUCACUACAUUGGAUAGUUGAAAAUAUUGUUCUAACGCUAGUCGAUGAAUUCAGACCGUCAGCAGUAGUCCUUCAAUGCGGAGGAGACGGACUCUGUACAGACUCUAAUUUCAGUGAAUGGAAUUUAACUUUAAAAGGUUACUCUGAUGCAGUAAUCACGAUACUCAAACAUAUCAAGGUUCCCGCAUUGUUAUUGGGUGGCGGUGGGUACAAUAACGUUGAGACAUCCAAGCUUUGGUGUCUUAUUACAGGAGAGCUUCUAAUUGGAAAGGACAAAUGUAUGGAAUGGGAUAUGCUUCCCGAUUCAGUGGACUUCGAAUUAAUAGGAUCAGAUGAAAUCACAUUUUGGCAGAAUGACAAAGUGAAAAAUAUCAAGGAUAGGAAUACUUCUGGGUACUUAAAGUCAUUAAGAGAGCAGAUUUUUUCUCGUUGA